GGCUGGUGGUGACGCAAAAACAUUCCAAAAAAAAAGGAAAAAAAUGGUCAUCGGAAUCAAGAAAAUAGUAUGUUUUAAUCUAGUUUCGAUCUUCUUCGCCAUGCAAUACACAGCUGGGCAAUCAAUAUAUCGUUAUCACAUUUGUUUAGGAGCUAAUUACAGUACUACUAGAACCGGCAGCAGUACAUUUCAAACUAAUCUCAAUCUUCUUAUUCCUUCACUAUCCAACAAUUCAAAUCCAAUUAUCAUCAAAAAUGGAUUCCAUAACACCACUGUUGGUCAAAUCCCGGAUACAGUUUACGGUUCGUUUCAGUGUAGAGGUGAUGUUUCAUUAGAUGAUUGUAAAACUUGUGUUCAGAUGGGUACUCAAGAUAUCAACACAAAUCAAAGAUGUCCGAAUGAUAAACAAGCGAUCAUUUGGUUUAAUGGGUGUAUGAUUAGGUACUCGAAUCAAUACUACUUUGGUAUUAUGCAAGAUAAACCAGCAGAUUAUUUCUGGAGUCUGAAUAAUGUUUCCACUAAUCCAGAUGAGUUUAACCAAAUCUUAGGGUAUUUAAUGAAGAAUUUAGUAACGCAAGCUUUGUCUAAUAGUAGUUUUGCUAUUGGAAAUAAAAACCUACCAAAUUCAACCACCAAAGUAAAUGGAUUUGUACAGUGUAGUGCAGAUAUAUCUUCGAGUGAUUGUAGUCGAUGUCUUAAUGAAGCUAUUGCUGAAUUACCAGAUUGUUGUUCUGGGAAAAGAGCUGGAAAAGUUAUUAAGCCGAGUUGUUUUCUUAAGUAUGAUUUAGAUCCUUUCUUUCAAUCUACAACCGUUACUUCACCACCGCAUCCUCGCGUAUCACCGCCAUGGUCAGCGAAUACUUCAAAAGGGAACUCCAAACUUGCUGUCAGUAUAGCCGUUCUGUCGGCUAUUGCAGUAUUUUCCGGCACAGCCGCUUGGUCUUUAUGGAGAAAGAAAACAAAGACAAAGACAAAGAUAAAGAAGAUUGAUUAUUUCGAUGAUGAGAUUCGAACCACAGAUUCCAUGCACUUCAGUUUUAGUGGAGUAAGUGCUGCAACAGAUAAUUUCUCCGAAGCUAAUAAACUUGGAGAGGGUGGAUUUGGCUCUGUUUAUAAGGGUACACUUCAAGACAAACAAGAAAUAGCCCUGAAGAGGCUAUCAAAAAAUUCAAGACAAGGUGAACAAGAGUUCAAGAAUGAAGUUACCUUAGUAGCUAAACUUCAACACAGAAAUCUAGUGAAGCUUGUUGGUUUCAGUCUAGCUGGCGAAGAAAAACUACUCAUCUAUGAAUAUAUGCCAAAUGGAAGCCUUGACCAAGUCCUAUUCGGUUGUACUCCGUUCUGCGUCUGUUUAUUCUUAUUCUAUCAGGCAUUUUGGGAUACAUGGAUUAAUAAUGUUUGUGUUUUUUGGUCGGAGGAAUUUGUAGAUUCAGUUAAAUGUACACAUCUGGAUUGGGAAAGACGAUACAGCAUAAUAGGUGGUGUAGCAAGAGGACUUCUCUAUCUUCAUGAGGAGUCCAGACUUAAAAUCAUCCAUCGGGAUCUCAAAGCUAGCAAUAUAUUAUUAGAUAAGGAAAUGAAUUCUAAAAUUGCAGAUUUCGGCAUGGCUAGGCUUUUUGGCCUUCACCAAAUUCAAGAUAGCACUAGCAGAAUAGUUGGAACGCAUGGCUACAUGGCUCCAGAGUAUAUCAUGCAUGGUGAAUUCUCUGUGAAAUCAGACGUUUUCAGCUUUGGUGUUUUAGUUUUAGAAAUACUUUGCGGACAGAGGAACAGCAGUUUUCAUAAAACAAAUGUUGCUCGGGACCUUCUAAGCUAUGCAUGGAGACAUUGGAAAAAUGGAUCUGACGUAGAAAUAUUAGAUCCAACUUUGAAGGAUGCAUAUUGUAGAAGCGAAGUGAGGAGAUGCAUCCAUGUUGCGUUAUUAUGUGUUCAAGAAAAUGUUUUAGAUAGACCAACAAUGCCCACAGUUGUCCAAAUGCUUAACAACAACUCAGUUACCAGUCAUGAUUUACCUUCAUCACCUGCAUUUUUGGCUGAUAGUACGCGCCAUCCAGACUUAAAUCUAGGAAGCAGUAAAGAACAAGCAAGCUCAAGGGACGAGUCAAUCAGUGAAGUAUUGCCAUGGAGCGUGAAUGAAGUAUCAGUUAGUGAACUAUACCCUCGAUGACAAUAAGUAGUACAUAUUAAGAGUGUUUUUCGUUAUCUUAUACGCAAUGUUAAUUCAAGAAUUCGGUUCUCACAGUCAUACAUCAAUUAACAUAAAAUUAGAAUUUUUUUUAGUUUCUAUUGAAUUUGUAAGCUAUCAAAAGCUGCAAUUCGGAC